AUGCCAUCUGUUCUCGCAACACGCUCUUUACGGAAACACUUCCUCCAACUGCCGCCCUCCAUACGAGCCUCCAUCUGCCCAAAUGCACUCCCGCGGCGACACUUCUCAGCAUGGGCACCUGCACCGGCUGCACUCACACACCUUGCCGUCGAAACCCCCUUGGCCGUUCUCGAGGGCGUGCAUGCAAUGGGCGUGCCGUGGUGGGCUGCUAUCCCGCUCUCGGCAGCCCUAGUACAAUGCACUCUGGUAUAUUACUGGUCUGCAAAGCCUGCUCGAAAGCGAGAGAUCAUCAGAACACAUUUGUUCCCACUGGUGCAGAACAGUGCGAAGAGAGCAGUGGACAAGCACAUGACUCCGAUGUUGGAAGAGGUGAAAUCAGGAGCAUUGCCUCCACAGCUUCUGGGAAUCCGAAUGCGGCUACUGGCGGUCAUUUUCAAUGUAAGAGAAUCGCAUCGAUUAGGGAAGACUUUCAAUGCUCCACUGUUCACUUGGACUGCGCCUUUAAACUUCAUUACUCUUCUGGCAUUCGCAGAGGCCAUAAGAAUUAAAUGUGGGACAAGACAAGGACUUCUGUCCAUGAUACUGCCGCGACUCGAAGAAGCAAAUUCUGGAGGUGAGAGUGCGCAAACCACCCAAGAAAAGGCAGAUGAGGCUCUCGCACAGCGGCUUGAAGCCCAACUUGAGCGUAUUGAAUCGUCUCGAGCGGCACAGGAAAAUGGCAGUGAUGCGUUCGAGUACAUGAAUGCUGCGGCAGCUGUAGACCCGUCAUACAGUACUGCUGGUCACAGCCUACAAGCUCCAAUCCAACCACCGGCAUACGCUGAAUAUGCAGACCCGAAGAUGGCUACUGAGGGCAUAGCAUGGAUUUCUGACCUUACUGUCCCGGAUCCUAAUGGGAUUCUACCCAUAGCUCUUGGUGCCGUCUUUCUAGCGGGCGUAAAUUGGAAGAGCGUAACGAAGCCAUCGAGCAUACACCAGCGCCCAAAAUCACAAGACGAGAACAAGACUGAGGAUGCGCCUGUCAUAGAGGCUCCGCCAAAAGCAUCUUCAGCACCACCUGCCCAAGACGCUGUGCUCGAACAGCAACGAAAAGUCAAUGCCGACAUCAAUGCCGCUCUCUUAAAGGCUGAUGAAUUGCGAGCGGCUACGACAAGGAAAAGUGAGGAAUGGUCGCCUUUCGGCCAACUGACCGGAGGCGACAGGAUGAAAAUCGUAAUGGCGGGCCUUUUCACAUUCGUGUCGUUGCAGUUGCCGGCGGCCAUUGUGCUGUAUAUCAUGACCAACGCGAUCAUAGGCAGGCUCCAGAAAAGAUGGCUCGACAUCAAGUAUCCUUUGCCUCCACUCAUCCACCCUUGCAAGAGACCGAUGAGGAUCAAGGUCAGGAGAGUCUUUAGAGAUGGUUGA